AUGCUUCCUUCUUCCAAGUCCUCUGCUGUGGCUCUGUCCAUACUGCAGGACUGGUGCAGAUGGAUGGGUGUGAAUGCCCAGCGCUCAGUGCUCAUCCUGGGCAUCCCUGACGACUGUGAGGAGGAAGAAUUCCAGGAGGCCUUGCAGGCUGCCCUAAGGCCCCUGGGCAGGUACCGAGUGAUCUGCAAGGUCUUCAGAAGGGAGCUUGGGGCGAAGGUCGCUCUGGUUGAAUUCGCUGAUAAUGUAGACCAACGUUUGAUUCCCCAAGAAAUACAAAACAAUAGGGGGCCCUGGACUGUGAUGUUCUUGCCUCAGGUCCCUAAUGUUGACUUACAAGAUACACCAGAUUCCCCUGAACAGCCCCAGGAGCAAGCUUCUGCAGCCGAGGAAGGAGGAGCUGCAGGGAAAGGAGGAGAGGAAGAUAAGGAAGGAAGAGCAGCAGCCGAGGGAGAAACUUCAGGAGAGGAGGGAGCUGUAGGAGGGGAGGUCUUUUCAGGACAGGAGGGAGUCCUAGAUGAAGAAAACUCCCUGGAUGAAAGCGGAUCGUCUGGAUCUGCAAGUGAUGACGACUCUGAGACUGAUGCAGAAUCUCUUCCUGAUGACGAGUCUGGUGGUGAACCUGUGCUUGACCAAGGAACUGUGGCUAUCAAAGGAGCAAUAACUCUUCCAGGGGUUAAAGAUGAAGUAGGAACGUUAGAGGAGAAGGGAGCCGCAGGUGACAUGGGAGCUGCAGGUGUUAUGGGAGCUGAGGGUCGGCCAGGACCUUCAGGUGAAGCAAGAGGUGCAUGUGAGGAAGUUACCUUUGAUGAGGCAGUAGGAGCAGGAGCUGGCGGCCAGCAGUGGUGCUACACUCUGCAGCCCAUACUGGAAAACAUGCCCUACCAGGAGCUGAGACCCUUUACGGGAAUGGAGGAUCCCAGCCCAGGGGGGCAGUUCUUUGAGAGCUGGAUAGACCAUGCAAACGACAUGUUGUACCUGUGGCGCCACAUAUCUGAGGGGGAGCGGAGGAGGAGGCUGAUGGAGAGCUUGGGUGGGCCUGCCCUAGAUGUCCUGUGUGGGCUCCUAGAAGAGCAUCCAGAUACACCUGCACAGGAUUGCCUGGCUACACUGGUGCAGGUGUUUGGAAACAACGUUACUGGGAUGACUGCUCGGCUCAACUUCGUGACAUGCUCCCAGCGCCCUCAGGAGAGCCUCUCUGCCUAUGUGAUGCGCCUAGAAGGCCUGUUGCAGAUGGCUGUGGAUAAAGGGGCCAUCCAGCCUUCAAUGAUGGAUCAGAUGCGGGCCCAGCAGGUGCUUAGGAGGAGCCAGCCCAACCAGAUGCUGGAGAACAACCUGAGGGAGAUGAGUCUGGAGGGGAGGCCUCCUGACUUUGUGAGGCUGCUCAGGCUCAUUCGGGAGACGGAAGCCUGGGCGGCGACGGUGGCUGAAAGGGAGCAGCUGCAGGUGGAGGAAGGGUUGGCUGCACGGCCUGCCAUGGCCCAGGCUGCUCCUGUCUGUGGGGAGGCCGCGGCUGCUGCCGCCCCCAAGGCUGCUCCUGACCCCGAUGGCGCCACAAAGGCUGGUCCUGGUGAUGCCAAGCCCUCCUCUGCCACUGAGGAAGAUGAAAAUGCAUCUGCCCCAGCAGGCUCAGGCCAGGUAGGGCCCACUGAGGGCCCAGGAGAGCCAGAGAGCUUUGCCCAUGCAGGAGAGCAGGAGGUGGCAGGGCUCAAGGAGGAGGAGUCAGGGAAUGAGGAUGAGGCAGGGGAGGCAAGUCACCUCAAGUCCUCCCUGGAGAAAUAG